UUGCUUUACAUCUUAAAUGAGGAGUGAAGGUAGCAGGAACCACCAUGGAGACUGUAUUCCCCUCUUUCCUCUCAGCAGUUGACCGACUGUCCUGGUUUCUCCUUGCUCUGUUUACAUCAUGGAUAGUCUUGGGUUCAGCAGACACAAAGCAGACAAGCUGGCCAUUACACUCCAAGAAGCCAGUUCUCUUUGUCUGGAACGCUCAGACUCAGGACUGUGAGACGGAACACAAUGUUAAGUUAUCAUUAGAUCAGUUUGACAUAGUGGCAACCCCCAGUGAGGACGUUUUCAGACAGAAUCUCACAACGUUCUAUAAGGAAAACCUCGGGAUUUAUCCCUAUUAUGACCCUGAAAACACAGCAGUCAAUGGGGGCCUUCCACAAAGUGUCAAUCUCUCUCAGCACCUUGAAAAAAUGUCUGAGAAUAUAGACACAUACAUACCAGACCCCAAGGCUAAAGGUCUGACUGUCAUUGACUGGAGGGAAUGGCACCCCUUGUGGGGCCGAAACGGGCAUGGCAAAGAUCGCUAUAGAAACAAGUCACGUGAACUGGUGGCCAGAAAGAACACUAUGUUGACUCAAGAGCAAGUGAAUAAUGCUGCGCAAGAAGAAUUUGAACUUGCGGCUCGUGAAUUCAUGCUGGGGACCCUGAGGCAGGGUAAAAAUUUGAGACCGAAUAAGCUGUGGGGCUACUACCUGUAUCCUGAUUGUUACAACUAUGACUACUCUGGCAAAUUGGAAACCUACACAGGACGCUGUAGUGAUGUUGAGAUUAAGCGCAAUGAUCAAUUGAAUUGGAUGUGGAAUGAAAGCACCGCCCUUUUUCCUGAAAUAUACCUGGAAAAAGAACUGCGCUCCACUGAUCAGGCACGCCUGUUUGUCCUGAACAGGGUGAAGGAGGCAAUGCGCGCCGCAUCAGUUGGGGAUGGAUUGACACGUCCUGUUUUUGUUUAUUCCCAACCCACUCACAAAUAUGGGAUGACCAUUUUAUCUAAGGAAGAUUUGGUCAACACCAUUGGCGAGAGUGUUGCAUUGGGAGUUGCAGGAGUGAUCUACUUUGGGGGCAAAUAUUAUGCAACUAGUAGUGGCUGUACUGCCUUGAAUAACUUUUUUCGGGAAACAAUGGGACGGUACCUCCUCAAUGUGACCACCGCAGCAAAGGAGUGCAGCCAGAAAUUGUGCAAAUUUAACGGUCGCUGUCUUCGCCGAAAACCGGACAGGGCCGUGUUUCUGCACCUCAACCCCUCCACUCACAAGAUCAUAAGUCAGAAAGGAAAGCUGAAGGUCAGGGGAUCCCCAGGCCAAGCAGAGCUGAAGGCCUUCCGUCAGCACUUCAAGUGCCAGUGCUACAACGGGACCAAGGGAGAAGACUGUAAGCUGGGAGGAAAAGGAGGAAGAGGAGAAAGAGAAGAAGUAAAAAAAGGAGAAGGAGGGCAGAGUAGUGCCACCUCUGUUUUAGGGAUGUGGCCUCUCUGCUUUGUUCUCCAACUCGGACUUCUCUCUCUGUUUCAUUGAGGAAACCAAGAAACCAAACUAUUCUCUGGCUCUGCCAGCACCGAAAGGAAAAGUUUUGGUUUUCUGGCCUGAAAACAAAAAUAAACUGCAUUGUGAAAGCAUCA